GGACGUGCGCGCCGCCGUGUGCGUAGGGGGCUUUCCACGCAGCAGCGCAGAGUCGAAGCCAUGGAGACAGCUAAGCUAGCUGCUCGGGCAGGAUGUGUGUCUCCUCUGUGGACGGUCUGAUCCGAGGUUAACUCACCAUAGUUGUUGAGAGUGAUGUCCUCCUCCGUUCCUGAGACUUGGAUAUGUUGAACCAGAUGGAGUGGGAUUCAUCCGAUGAUGGUCUGGAAGCACCGAUGGACGACCCGCCUCACUCAUCUGAAUCUCCUCAGUCGAAGCCCUCCACCACCAACAUCUCAGAACAUGAAUUCUCGUGCCACUGCUGCUACGACAUCUUAGUGAACCCCACCACCUUGACCUGCGGCCAUAACUUCUGCCGCCACUGUCUGGCUCUGUGGUGGGAGUCCUCACGCAAGAAUGAGUGCCCAGAGUGCCGGGAGAAGUGGGAAGGCUUUCCUAAAAUCAACAUACUGCUGAGGGAUGCAACUGACAAGCUGUUCAGUGAGGUCGUUCAGCGGAGGAGAGAAGAGAUCCAGGCGAACCCCAAAAUCUCCCGGAGCUUGCUGGCCUUCCAGAGGUACGGUGACAACUUGGGUAGAUCGAGGACGAACCAGCACAAAGGAGCGGGCUUCUUCUUCUCUGGAGUCCUGACUGCACUCUCCUGUGUGGCUUUGCUGGUGCUGGUGUUCCACUGGAGCAGUGGUGUCGUCGAGCAGCACGACCUGUUGAUCAGUAAAUCGGUGUCUCUCUGGGCGCCGGAGGAAGUCGUGUCCUGGCUGGAGAACCUGGGGCCGUGGGCCCAGCUUUACAGGGAACCCUUCCAGCAGGAGAACGUCAACGGGAGGCUGCUGUUGAUGCUGGGGGACGAAGAGUUGUUAAAGCCUCCGUACAACAUCGAAAAUCAGGCUCACCGACGGGCCGUUCUGGCCGAACUGGACAGAGUGAAAGCCCUGGGGGUCAAACCUCCGCAGAACCUCUGGGAAUACAAGGCUACUAAUGCGGGGAAGUCCCUGUUCCUGCUCUACGCACUGAAGCGCUCCCCUCGUCUCACACUCUUCUAUUUGUAUUUAUUCGACUACUCUGAAACCUUCCUGCCCUUCCUGCACACCUGCUGCCCGGCCAUCACACACAUCGGCCAGUCGAUGGAGAGCAGCUUCCUCAGCUCACAGUUGGAGCCCAGUUGGCGACAGUGGGCAGAGUUUCUUGUGAAGUACCUGCUGCUUCCGUACCAGCUGAUUGCAGAGUUUGCUUGGGACUGGCUGGCCGUCCACUACUGGACAUCUCGCUUCAUCAUCGUUAACGCCAUGCUGCUGUCUGUGCUGGAGGGCUGCGCCCUGUGGGGGCUCUGGACAAGAGCCAGGAUCAGGUCUCUGCCUCGCAAGAUGUGGAACCACCUGUGGAAGGUGUUAUCGCAGGGCUUUGCCUUCGCCCUCCUGUGGCCUUUCGUCCCUCAGUUUGUGUGCAACUGCCUCUUCUACUGGGCUCUCUACUUCAGUCCCAUCAUCAACAUAGACCUGGUGGUGCAGCAGCUCAUGCACCCAGAGACACAGGCGCCGUAACAAACUGCAUGCAAGUCAGUGCCCAAAUUAAUGCCGCACAGUUCACAGCAAAAAAAAAGAAGGAAAAAAAAAAAAGAAGCCAGAAAUCCAGUUGCUGAAGAGGAAAAAGUGUUUAUUUUUAGCAGUAUACUCACAUGACACGAGACUGGCUUAUUUGCUGUUGGGGAAAAAAAGAAAUGUUCUCGCUUCCAGUCUUGUCUCUCUGCUGGAUGGGUUGCCAUGUGGACCAAGACGAGCUAGUGAAGGAGGAACAAAACCAACAAGAUGAGAAUUACUGCAGUGCAUUCACAAACCACAUUGCCUAAAUGGUCUGGAGGGCAGUUAUGCAAAUGAUGAGUCAUGUUCAAACACAGGUGGUAGUGGAGACUGGCAGCAUCCGGAGUUUUCUGAAAGCUUUGUAGCACUGAGAUGUAUGCAGUCUGAUGAAGGGUGAGCUUUUUUGAUGCAAACAGACUGAAGUUGGAACAAAACAAGUAUCGAUAAAUUAUUUUUUGUUUGACUUUUAUUAUUAUGUGUCCUUUUAUGGCAUGUAAUCCACAACCAAUUAAAAUGAACAAAUGCUGCUUUAUAAGUAUCAGUUUGAAUGAAGCAACAUUAUAAGUGUGUAUAUGAAUAUUGAUCUGCAUGAAUUUCAAUUAGUUCAGAUAAGUCUUUAGUGCUGUUCAGGCUUUCUUAGUGCAACAGAGCUGUCUGAAAAUUCACUGCACGAGGUUUGGUGACCUGAUUGUCAAAUGUGUCAAAUGUUGAGGUUUGCAGUUCUGCGGCCUGAUGGGAACCUCCGAUGAUUCAAGCGUAAACAAAAAGGCAGUCCUUACGAGCAAAUGUUCAACACUGAAGCGUUUUUCCAGGCGUUCAUUUCAGAAUUCAUGUCUCACUUAGAUUUGAAACAAAACGUAUGUUCUUCAAUUCUAGACGCAGAAGCAGAUCUUUUAUAAUUUGUAUGAUUUAAAGGGGAAACUGUUUAUAGCUUAUUUUAUUUGCUGGUACUGCCGACUAACAUUUUGUUGCACCUUUUUUUUUUUUUUUUUUUUUUUUUUGUAUUGUUCAGAAACAUUUUGUUUGCAGUAUACGUUUCCAUUUGAUGGGUGAGAAGAGCUAAGAAAAUACAUUUUUUUUAUUUUUUACAUUGUUCAUUUGCACUUAAAAGUUCUACACUGUGAUUCUGUUCUUCAAUGUUCUAUAAUGACAAAGGAAAAAUAAAGAUUUUUAAAUAAUG